UUGAGAGCACUCAAUCUCAACGACAUAGUUGAUGAAUUAGAGCGAUGUGAGGAUGAUGAUUUGUUGCCAACUCAAAUUACAAUUUUUCUACCUGAGAACGCUAAUGCCGACGUCACAGAUGAGGAUUCUGAAGAUGAAGAAUUUGUUGCAUUGCAAAAUCUACCAGGCUCUCAACUACGAGCUCCAGCCGAGGUCACUUUUCAUAUGAGUUCCGACGAAGAAGAUGAUGUACCUUUGUCAAGUUUGUCAAAAAGAAGACGCACGAUGGAUUUGACUUUAGAAGAUAGUGACGUCGUACCUUCUUGUAGUUCAGAUGUGUCAACUAAUUCUACAUUUGUUCAGCCUACAGUUCCCCGAAACCAAACCUAUAGAUGGAAGAAUCGUCAUAUUCCAAACCAUUUCAAUCAAUGGAAUGACGAACAAGGUCCAAAAAACUUACAAUCACCCUUAUAUUAUUUCGACUGCUUGUUCAACAACAAUGUUAUUGAAUUACUAGUGCGAUAUACCAAUUUGUAUGCAGGACAGAGAAAUAAAGUGGGCAAAGUAACUGUUUCUGAAAUGAAGUGUUUCUUGGGCAUUCUUAUGUACAGCGGCAUAGACGAGGCUAUGGUUCCAUACUAUGGACGUCACAGUUGCAAACAGUUUAUACGUGGCAAACCAAUUCGUUGGGGAUAUAAACUGUGGGUUGGUGCUACAAGAUUAGGCUACGUGAUUUGGUUUGAUCCUUACCAGGGAAAAUCUUCAACCAUUGCAGAAGGUUACAAACAGUUUGGUCUAGGUGGGAGUGUGAUUUUGGAGUUUGCUGAUGUUCUACAAGGUCGUGAUCCAACAUUGCCAUUUAAUUUAUUCUUCGACAAUUAUUUUUCCUCUAUUCCUCUACUGCAUGAACUUAGUAAUAGAGGUCUGAGAGCCACUGGAACUAUUCGUGAAAACAGAACGUCCAAGUGUCCUCUCGAGUCUAACAAAGAUUUCAAAAAUACUGAUAGAGGUUCAUUUGAAUUCAAAUCCAGUUUGCCUACCAAUAUUUUGGUUUACAAGUGGAAUGACAAUAGUGUCGUUACUGUUGCCUAG